UGGGCUUGUUUUUGGUGUUAUCAAUUCAUAUAGUGUUAUUUAUACUGUUCUUCAAAAGAGACUUGAAGAUGAAAAAGUGCCUAAUUCUGAAAGUAGAGCUGACCGAUUUCGGCCACGGCGGCCAACCUCAAGAGGGAUUAGCCAACUGCGCAGGAGAUAUUAUAAUGCACAAGUGUGUGCACAAACACAGGUGCAGAGUGCACUCUUCCUUCACUCAUAAUUCGUUGGGACGCCAAUCCUACAUGAUGAUGAUGCUUUCCGAGGCACGGGUUUGUACACACUUCCAACUUCCAGACUCCGGGAUGCUACUUAGACUUUUCUGAUAAAAAACCGAAUAACUUUUUAUUGGCCCGACCUGGGAAUUAAACCCAGGAUCUUCGGGUCUGCGGCCUUACAUCAAGCCACUAGACCAACUAGGGAUAAUAAUCUAUACUAAUAUUAUAAAGAGGUAAAGUUUCUGUGGUUGUAGGGGGUAAUCUCUGGACCUACUAAACCGAUUUUGAAAAUUCUUUUACCAAUAGAAAGCCACAUCAUUUGUGAGUGUCAUAGGCUAUAUAUUAACCUGAAAAAUGAAAAGACUUUUUCAUACUAGUGAUAUUUGCAAACUCGGAGAAAAAACUAUCGAACGAAACUCAUCAGAUAUUCUACCGCAAAAUAGCAGUACUUGGUAUUGUUGUGUUCCGGUUUGAAGGGUGAGUGAGCCAGUGUAAUUACAGGCAAAAGGGACAUAACAUCUUAGUUCCCAAGGUUGGUGGCGCAUUGGUGAUGUAAGCGAUAGUUAACAUUUCUUACAAUGCCAAUGUCUAUGGGCGUUGGUGGUACCAUCAGGUGGCCCAUAUGCCACUUAUUCUAUAAAAAAAAAGAUAUAUGAUUGAGUUCUAGAGAAAAGUUGUAGAGCUUAUUAUCAAGCCUACAAAGAAGUCGGCCACAGCAUAUGUGUAACUUUUAUAUUUAUGUCACAAAAAGUAGUUUUUUAUCAAUCAAUCAAUCAACAGCCAAUCGUUGUCCACUGCUGAACAUAGGCCUCUCCCAAGGUGCGCCAAAGCUCCCUGUCCUCCGCCUUCCGCAUCCAGUUGGUGCCCGCCACCUUCUUAAGGUCGUCGGUCCACCUGGCUGGAGGGCGCCCUACGCUGCGCUUGCCGAUUCGCGGUCUCCACUCUAGGACUCGUCUACUCCAACGGCCAUCGGUCCUACGACAUACGUGACCAGCCCACUGCCACUUCAGCCUGCUAAUUUUGCAAGCUAUGUCGGUGACUCCGGUUCUUUUCCGGAUAAUCUUAUUUCUGAUCUUAUCCUUCAAAGAUACUCCGAGCAUAGCUCGCUCCAUAGCACGCUGAGCGACUUUGAAUUUGUGGACUAGUCCCGCAGUUAGUGUCCACGUUUCGGCACCGUAUGUCAUGGCAGCUUUAGUUGGCGCGUUGACAAUGGGAACGACUUUUCUGCUAUCUCCGCUCUCAGGCGUAUUGACUGGACUUCUAGGCCUACGAUGUACAGCUGUAUUAGGAGGCAGUAUUGCGGUUCUUGGCUUACUCCUAUCUUCUUUCUUAGUAGAUUACGUAGACGUGUUAUGCUUCACUUACGGUGUUAUGUACGGAUUAGGAGCAUCACUCGCAUAUACGCCGUCAUUGGCUAUUCUUGGCCAUUAUUUCAAACGGCAUUUAGGUUUGGUUAAUGGUAUUGUUACAAUAGGAAGUUCUAUUUUUACAGUUAUUAUGCCACCUUUGAUGGAAUUCAUGAUUAAAAAUUACGGUUUACAUGGUUUGUUUCGAUUAUUAGCGGUUGUUACCGUUGGUGUUGCGCUUUGUGGACUAUUGUUUAAACCGAUAUCUGUUGUAGUGAUAGAGAAACCUCCGAGAGAAGAUGGUUUUAAUGCACUUGUAAAAACUAUUAUUAAUGUACAAAUUUGGAAGAAUAAAAAGUACAGAUUAUGGGCUCUGUCUAUGCCUGUAGCUUUAUUUGGGUAUUUUGUUCCAUAUGUGCACAUAAAGAAAUUUAUUGAGAUUACAUUUAGUAAUGUUCACGACAACUUGCCGUUGCAAUGUAUAGCUGUUACUUCUGGAAUUGGAAGGUUGGUCUUCGGUUUUUUAGCUGAUAAAAAAUGGGUUAAUAGAAUAAUGCUGCAACAAAUAUCGUUUUAUGUAAUUGGAGGCCUUACAAUUGUUUUGCCUUUCGUGAAAAGUUUUCCUCUAUUAGUAGUCGUAUCAUUGGGUAUGGGAAUUUUCGAUGGUGCAUUUAUAGCGUUAAUCGGUCCAAUUGCUAUUCAAUUUUGUGGUAGUGCGUAUGCCGCACAAAGCAUAGGCUGUAUGCUAGGAUUAGCGGCGUUACCUUUGUCGAUGGGUCCACCUAUUGCAGGACUUAUCUUUAGUUUUUAUCAAUCGUACACUUUGCCAUUUAUUUUAGCAGGAAUAUCGCCACUUGUCGGUGCUACCAUAAUGUUUGCUAUACAUUUUCAAAAAUGAAAAAGUAUAAUUUUAUCAAAGAAGCAUUUUUUUUAAUUAAAUCGUAUGUAUCACUUAAGAUAAUAGUAAAUAAAUUUAUUAUCUUCAAUAUUUAGGUGAUCGUCUCUUUUUAAUUCGUGCUUUGAUGUGACUUCCUCUAAGUCGUAUUGAUUUCGUUGUUUAUUUGGUUAAGACUUAACAGACUUGAAAUAAAUUUAAAACGAAUCUCUAUUUCUAAGCCUAUAAAAGAAAACCUCGUAAGAAAUACAAAUUCAAAGUGAUUUAUUUAGUUAAUGAAUUAUUAUUUAGGUGUUAAGUAGCUUGGACUUUUGAAUGAUAUUGAAAGAUUGGGUUUCAGAUUUAUAAUUUUUUGUUUAUUUAUUUAUUAUGGAUUUUUUUCAUGUUGAAAUGUUUUUGUUUUACUAUGUUAUGUCUAGCCGCUAAGAGAAUGCGUCCUUGUCAGGUUCGUGAUCGGAUAAACAAUGUAACUUUGUAGUGGCGAAGAAUGGACGAUAAAAAUAUUAUUAUCAUUUAUUUGCUCUAUUAACGAAUAUCAUUAAAAACUAUUAUGUCACCUUACAACAAAUGUAAUAAGUUGAAUUUAAAGUGAGUUUUUUUAAAUCCUGUAAAUUUAGCUGUUACUAGGUUAUGUCAAUUGUUUAUUUUUGUACAAGUCACUACUCAUGACUAAUUGGCAAAUAUAAAGAAAAUUCUAUAAGCGGCAGGACUUAACUUUUGAAAUUGACUUCUGCAAUAAUUCAAGAAAAAUGUAUUUAAAAAUAAACUACGACUUUUUUUAGUGACUUUAUUAACUUUUGUAUCUUAUUAUUAUAUAUUAUUUCAUCUUAAAUAUGUAAUUUAAACGUGUUUAUUUUGUUUUUCCAAUUUUUUGGAAUUUACGUGCAUUUAAAAAUAUUUUUUUUUAUAAAUAACUCAAGAUAUAUCUUGAGUUAUUUAAAUUGAAUGAGUUAAUAAGCGCACAGUUAACUACCAGGAAAAUUUAUAGAUUCUGAGAUAUAAAUUAUUGUUUUCAAGACAUGCUAUAUCUCUCAGUUUGGGAAUUCAAAUGGUUGACCCACGUUGACGACACGACGACAAAAUUGUAGAAUAGUGAAAUAUUUCGAGAUUACGCUAAUAAAUAUCCAAACCUCGCCUUCUUUGUAUCUAUCUUGCUGAUACUUUUCAAAAUCCCAGUUAAUCAGUUUAAAUGCAUUGAAUGCUUCCGAAUGAUGUCUUGAGGAUAUCAGAGAUAUUUUUUAUGAUUAUGUCUCCGAAAUUAGAAUUGUUUAUGGCAUUUACUUUCGUGAGGGAGUGCAAGCAGGACGAAGGUCGUCUAUAUAGCACAAUCUCACCCUUUUAAAUUCGGCAACCCAAUAAGCCACCGUCAAAGAUGUUAAAACAUCGCCCAUAAUGUCUUUUGAAAGUCUAAAAAAUCCUUCCUUGCGUUCAUUGAAUACACCAUAUUUUUGGUUUUAACUGUUCUUCACAAAACAAUUUUUAUGAAUGACAUAAUAAAAUCAAGUGAUACUCGGCAUAAAAAUUUUGUGAUUGAUACUAUGAAACAAAUAUCAUAUCAUACCAUAAAGAUUAGGUACAUAUAUUGCACCUCUAAGAACUUUUUGAUUCACUCUCAUAAUUCUUAUGACGUAGUAACUGUUUAAAAAAUAGUAACUUACCUAAAGAACAUAUAUGUUAAUGAUUGAUUUAUAUUUCAUGUUCUUUCUAUUGUUUCUAUUAAAGUAAAUAUAAAUUACGUAGAAAAUAUAUUAUAGAGUUACGUAAUUAUUCUUAAUGUGUGCAAUUUUACAAUACAAUAUGCUCGUUCCUUGUUAUAUACUCAAAAUGUAAUUAAAAUAAUAUUGUAAAUUUGUUAAAAAUAGUU